GGAGCUUUUUAGCAAUAAAUCGUAGCCGAUGUCGGUAAGUAAACCAAGUUGCCCGCGGUGCGGAAAGCACUUCACCCGAGUAUCAUCACGCAAUCGACACAGCGCGCGGUGUCUACAAGGAUGGACGGCUCCAGCCCGCCGCAAGGCCUGCUUAACCUGUGCCACAUCCAAAUUGCGCUGCGGAUUGGAACGUCCUGGCUGCGCGCGAUGUCGUUCAAGGAAC